AUGGCGGCAUCAACAUUAAUUUUGGGAGUACCAUUUGGUGGCUUGAUCCAUGAUAUACGUGAAGAAGAUCGCAACAAACGGUGUCGUUUGAUUGAGCGGGCACGUCUUGGAGGCAACGUCCUCUACGGCACCUCCUCGUUGGUGGUUAAGUCGAUGUCCUUUCACCCCCUCGACGAGUCCGCCAACCUCACCAACCCAAAAAUCCUUGUUCCACUACUCUCACCAAACUCAACAUCAUAG